AAUUACAAAUCACAAGACUCAAAAAGCCCUCCCUGAUAUAAAGAGCUGGCUAAGGGAAAAAAGCAACAAUAACACAAUGCUUUACCCUUGUUAUAAUUAGGCUUGGCGGAAUUCAGUGUUUAUGUUUUAUAAUUUUGACAGACAUCCAUGUUUAUUUUAAAGCAUUUUAAAAUGUAUCGACUUACAUUUUCACAGUUGUACAAAAUUAUAUUUUAAGCAUUUUUCCCAUUUUUUGUCAAUUUAAAUUUUCACAGUUGUGGGAAAUUAUGGGGGAUGUUUUAGAGAAUGGGGGAGUUGGACAAAUAUUUUAUGACAGUAGACCUUGGGAUUAAAAAAAUUAAAGUUUUAUAACUGUUAAAACACAAAUUUUCAACAUCACAUGUCAAAAUAUACAAAACAAAUAACUUUAAAUCAAACUCUAGUAAGUUCUCAAGCAGCAGUUCUUUAUAUUGCCUAUCUGUAAAUUUCAAUUAUCAGCGGAAAUAUUUUUGUAUGUGUACAGUAAAAUGAUUACCGAUAUUCACCAAUAAAAAUCUAGUUCUUCCAAGCCUAAUUGUAAUCCAUAUUCCUAAAAUGCACUCAAAAUUCUUGUCUUUUGACUGUAUUUCAGAGUUGUAUUACUGUGACAGUUGAAAUCUAGUACGAUAGGGAAUCCAUAUGUGCAGCUAAUUCUUUUGGAGGCUGGGAAGGUACAAAAGCAAUUUUACAUCUGAAUCAGUGAACAAGCAUAUUAUGGAAUGUAAAAAGAAAAAGAGUACUUGUGGCCCCAUUAGAGACUAACAAAUUUAUUAGAGCAUAAAGCAUUUCGUGAGCUACAGCUCACUUCAUCGGAUGCAAAUGUGUUCAUCCUUAAGAAAAGUAAAUCAUUGCACUGAUAAUUCUGCAGUUGGGAAAUUACACUGCGACCAGAAGGAGUUUGCAUUUCAUGGUGAAGACUGUUUAAUUGUGCAAUUUUCUCCUGCCUCUAGAAGCACAAAAACUCAAAGCUUUAAGAUAUAGCAUUAAACAUUUUAUUAGACUGACUUAGAAUUAGAUUAUUAUUACUGUCAUCACAUCUGAGUCAAUGCUUUUAAACCAAAUUUGCUUGCUUCCACAGUGGUUCAGCACAGCUCUUUGGGAGAGGAAGAAUGUUUGCUAACAUAUAAAACCUGCUGCUGUUAGUCACAGGAGUUUUUAAAAAAUCAGUUGGGUCAGAAAUUGUAAAUGUGCUAUAAUUUUCAGUUUGCCAUAAAAAUUCUCUUGAAAUCCUCUUCACCUGGUGCUAAGCAGUAAACCAGAAAUUCCUGUUUGCUGACAUGCAGAAGUCACAAUUUCAAUUUUAACAUGCUGAGCAGCGGAAUUGAAGCACUCUUAAAUUUAAGCCGUGAGGGGAGGGGAGCACAGGGCUGUGCUGAAUGAUCAGCUUUGUUGCUUUACAUUAAUUAAUAAAAACCUACUGCAUUUUUUAGUGCCCUCUCUCACAAUGUUUAAAAUAAGAUAUUUUACAUGGCUUGCCUUUGAAGGAUUUUUGGAUAAUAAUGUAACAGGAAAUAUUUAUAUGGAUAACAUUUUCUGAUAGAAAACAAAGUCAUAGUACUGUGUAUUUUUCAAGGUUCCAUACGGUGACACCUCUGAGUUCACCAUUGAUUUCCAUUUAUAAAAACCUAUUUUCAGGGAUUCAUAACUUGUCAGUAUUAAAUUACAUUGUGCUAAGACUUGUGUAUAUUGUCUUAGAUUAAACAUUGCAUUUUAAAAUUGAUUUUAAAUAAAUUAUUAGAAUUUUAACCCUUUCCUAGAUAUACAGAGUCAAAAUAUAUUUAUUUAGACAUUGAUGGAAGCCUUUCUUGCAUGCUAUGUAACAAAAGCCUGUUUCUUCCAAGUGGUAUUUUGGGUGAUUGUUCUCCAAAACACAUUUUGAAACAGACAAGGUUAUUUACAGUUCAGAAAUAUGUGCUGAACAUGCACAUGUGGUUACUUCUCAUAAUAUUUUUGCAAUUUAAUUUAUUUGUCAAUCCCUUUAUGAGGAUUUAAGUCAGGGAUUUUUAAAGAAGCCUAUGGAAGACAGGUGCCCACAUUGCUUUGAAAGUCAAUGGCAGUUGAGUGCCUAACUCUUAGGUCCUUUGAAAAAUCUUAGCCUAAAAUCCUAUCAGUGAUCUCUGUUUAAAGUCUGAAGAGAAUAAUAAACUAAAAUAAAAAUAAUAUAUUUAUGCAGUGCCUCCCAUUUCAAAGGACCUCACAGUUUGAUCAGAACCUAAUCCGGCUUUUCAAUUUCUUAUAUUUGUGAGCCAGUACUUGGAAGGGAUACCUCUAAGGAAAAUCUGUUAGGAGGGAAAAGAUUGCCUGUACCAGCGUGGUGUUGGUAUUUAUUACUCUUGUAUGAUAGUGCCCACAGUGUAUACUUGGUGCUUUCCAGUCAGGAACGCAAGGUCCCUAUGUUAAGGAGCUCAUUUUUACUAAAAUAGAAAACCAAGAUGCUUCAUUUCUCCCAGUGCCAUGCUGUUGAUGAAAUCAUAGAUGCUGUUAAGUAUGUUGUGUAAAAGGUAAUACAUUGGAGGCAAAAGUGUUGCACAGAUUAUUGUGAGCAUGAAAAAACUCUAAUAAAUCCAGUGAAUGAGUGAGAAAUGUGACUCUAUUGUUGGCACUCUGCUGUUUUGCAGAGAUUUAAGUUGUAGGCAGAGCCAACUCUCUCUUCUUGCUGUGUUGAAGACGCCAUUCAUUGAUUUCUGUCAAAAAGAAAAGCUUUUUUUUUUUUUUUUUUUUAAAUUAUUUUAAAGCAAAAGCUGUCCAGGCCCUGUGGAUUAUUAAGAUCUGUUAGCAGCCAGUUGCUCUUUCUUUGGGUAAUUGGCUGUCAGAGGCAGAGAGAGGACUCUUACCACUUCUUUUGGCUGUUGAUUAAGUGGAACAGUUGGAUCAGUAACAGAUUCAAGAUUUAAUGUGACAGAUAUUCUCCUUGACACAACCCCCAUGAUUAGCACAAAUUCCUAGAGUUUAUAUACCUCGGAGCAUAGUUUAGAUUUAAUAUAAUAGUUUUUUUCCUGGAGCAUAAAAUGCAUCAGAAUUGGUAUAUUGACAGUUUUAUGGUGCAAAACAAGCAUGGCUGCAAGAGGCUGAUUGGUUUAAUGUUGACAGUUUUAUUUAAUAAGAAGAUUGUCAAUGGUCUGAAUAAAAUAAGUUGUUUGCAGUGUAGCACAGUUUAUAUUUACUAUCUGGAAGAUAAAAAUGUUGUGCAAAGUUCCCUUAAAAUUUUUGAAUCAUACUAUGUCUCUGGCUUCUGUUUAAAAAAAAAAAAAGCGUUAAUCAAAGUAGACUUUCCUAUCUCUUCUGUCCUGAGACGGAUCUGCUGUAGCAUAAAUGUAGUGUCCAGACAUUCUUCCUUUUUCUCUCUCUCUGUCCUUGGAACUAUUAUAUAUGUUAUAUUUUCUAGUAUGAUUUGUAAUUGCUAGGUCACAGGGCCAGUGUUUAACAUACAACAUGCUCAUGAAUGCGAAGGUAACUAUGGUAUAUUGGUAUGUUCUAAUUGUUGUGAAGGUUUCCUUUAUCUUUUAUAAUCCCAGCAAUGCCCUCGUGCUUCAAGUAUGACUGUCUUGUCAUCAUACUGCUCUGUGAAUCAAGAAAAUGGGAAAUGCUUCAUGCGAUUGUAUUCCAGCCCUUUUUUCUCUAGUUAUGGGUCUUGUAACAAUAGGAACAGGGAGAAAAACUUCAGAUGUUGACGAAUGUUCAAGAAAAACCUUAUGCACGCCUCUGUGCCUUUUGAUAGUUGGCAUCAAAUGGUCCCUGGGUUACACUUAGAUGUAACAAUCAAAGCAGAAUUCAUCUUAAAUUGAACAAAAUAAAUAUAUAACAGCAGAUUAUAGAAAGUAUCACAGAGAUUAAAAGAUGGUAAGUAUUGUAAUGGCUGAAUAGGAGAUGACAAGCUUCCCUCCAAACUACAGAAGCACUAAACUUUCAAUUUCAGAAUAUUUUGUAGAUUUUACUUGAUCAUAUACAUGGCAGGAAAAUGUUUAGCUUUGCCUGUUGGAGCUCAGUGAGAAUGUGCACUUUGAUUAGUAACCCAUUCGGUUAUAUUCCAGCUAGCCCUUUUAUAAAGAUAUUACUAACUACAAGAAGUUCUUUAGGGUGGGUCAAAAUACAUAUUAGCUUUUGUUAAACUGUCCAGUCUCCUCAAAUUUACUCUGUCCAACUUCAUUCUUUCCUGUUGUAAAAUAUGUGAAAAGAAAUCAUUGGUAGUCAUAAGUCAUGGAUAGCUUAUGUUCUUUUCAGAUAGGUUCUUCUAGUUCCUCCUGUCAAUCCAUCUGAGAAUACAAAACAACACAAAAAAACCUUUUUUUCAAUUAGCAAACCUUCUGUUUUGCUAUGUGAUCCUGUGCAAAAUGACUUUGCAUUAGAAUGCUAUAAAAAUUUAAAGAAAGUGACCCCUGAACAGGUUACACUUCAGGAUUCUUGGUAUAGUCAUAGUUCAUGGGUGAUGUACAGGAUAUAUAAUUAAGGCUUGUUGAUACAGACACUGCAAGUAGGCUAUAAAAUGUACAAAGUUUGUUAUAACUUGUCACAUUAUAGUAAUAUUUUUAAAUAAGUUUAUCAUAUUUUUUUAAAGAAGAAAAAGGCACCACUUCAUGUACAGUAGCAGCGAGCUACUGUCUUUCCUAAUUUAAUUUGACUUGUAGAUUUGUCUGUCUCUAACACAAGUAAGCCGGGGGGGGGGGGGAGGUGGAAGGGGAGGAAAAAAGCUGACCUUAUUUACCUGAUUAUAUAGCACUGAUGUAAAUGUGCUGUCAAAAGAUGAAUCCAUGACAUAGAUCCUGAUUUAAGCACAGGCCAAUAUGGUGAAGUCGUCCAUUAUUUUUGUAAUAUAAAGUGUGAAUCUUGUGAUCUUUCGAUUCAUUUAGAGACUAAUUGUUUUAGGACAGAUUAUACCAUUGGCAUACUAGUUGGAAUGUUUUUCUUUUAAUUUCUUGAGCCAGAUUUUGGUUCUUAACAAUGUGAAUGUUCAAUCUCUUGUCAGUGAAUGUUCUUGGAAAUGCUGGCUUGAAAUGAUGAAGCAAAAUGGGACCUUCUUACUGAAUUGGAUUUAACAGGCCUGACUUCUACAAUGUGUUGCUGUCUCUCUCUGCAGAAUGAGCAUCAGGACAUCCUUUAACUUGAUGAGAAACUAUUUUAAUAUGUAACUUUAAGUAGCAGGGCUAUCUAAUCUUGCACAUAUAAGAAACUUUUAUGAAAGAAUCAGAAUAUACUUUAGAAUGAAAUAUUAAGAAUGGCUUUCCCUAAUAAUUAUAAGAAUGUGAUUCUGGAUAGUCCUUCCACAGUUUGUUUGAAGCAGCUUACUGACUCUAUUUUUGUAUACAUUGCAUGGAAUUUAUUUUAAAAAGGUGAUUCCUCUAAAGUUGACUUUAUUGUUGUGGUAGGAUAGCCAUGUAUAUUUCUAUUGCCUUGUGAGGCUGCAAGUAUCAGAUUCCACCUGGCUGGUGUUCAAGAAAAUCCACUCUCCAUGUUGGAAAAUUAAAGAGAAACUUGCUAGAAGCGAGUGAAUUAUGUGAUGUAUGUAAAGUUUUUUCUUUAGCUCCUGGCUUCCCUCUCUGAUACAGCAGGCUCCCUUUUUUAGGAAUCCCUGCUCCCAGGCUAUCAUCCUGUAACAUAUGGUCACCUGACCCACAGACCAGCACAAGUGCAAACCCGUCAUCUGGAACAUGAAUAAUUAGGCAUAGGUAGAGCUGAAUCCAACUCCCUUUAAAAGGCCAGCUCACUCUUUGAUAUUUGCACUGUCUAGAUGUUGCAACAUACAACCAUUAUCUCAUAACACACAGAGUGAAACUCUGCCCUCACUGAAGUCACAGGCAAAACUUCCAUUGGCUUUGGUGUUACUCACAAUGUCUGGCAAGCUUUUUAAUACCGUAGAGGAAAUAGAGUUAAUUUGAGUUGGUGUUUCAUCCUGAAUACUUGUUGAUUUUUUUUUUUUGUCUGUGCGGGUAGUGUGUCUGAACAGUAGUACAAUUUGUGUCAAUUCAUAAUGCAUUAUUUUCAGCUGAGUUUGUUGUUGUGCUUUUGACUCUCUCACAGCAACUUUGCUUCUUCAUUUUUAAGUCCUACAUUAUGGUAAUCUCAUUGGUUACCUACUUCUGUGCCUCCACCAAAACUUGAACAUUUCUCCUCUUCUGGAGCUAAAUGAAAUAGGAACAGACUUCUAAUGAAGAGCAACCUGCAUCUGAAAAAAAGGAUUAGCAAACUACAUCAAAACACAGGAAGAAAAUAAAAAAAGGAUGAGUUACCAGUUUCUAGACAGAUACUGUAACUUUGGGUGUGUGGGCCUUGCAAGUUUCAUCAGCUACAGAUAUAAAGCCAAAAACAUAAGAAAUAAUGCAGCAACUAACACCACAUCGGGUGCUAUGAGCAACAAGAUAACGAAGGUAAAAUAUUAUACUACAAAAUAAAACGUAAAGAAAUAUCUAAAAGGAAAGACAAAAUGUGUAGCUUAGACUUGUUGCUAAGAAUAAAAAUGUCUCGAAUUUGGAAAACAAGUUCAGAAGUUCUAAGCUAAUUGUUUGUCCAAUUUCUGAGUCACUGAAAGCCUGAGACAUGGUUAUAUUUAUGAUAGCCUUUUUCUCAAGAAUACUCCAGAGUAAUGGUUUAGUGAAUGGAGCACUUGAGAGGGCUCACAGAACCCUUCAACCAGUCCUUAUUGGAGAGGAGCAAUCUUAGACUAUUGUUGCAUUUUUAAGUGUCAAAGGUUGUGAGUGAGUCUUUAAAAUGAUCCAGAAAUAUGAGGUAAAUACAAUACAAUGGAUGCUGUAGAACAGUGGUGGGCAACCUGCAGGCCGCACACGACCCAUCAGGAUAAUCCGCUGCUGGGCAGCCAGACUGUUUACAUUUGCAUGGGCGCCUGCAGCUCCCAGUGGCUGUGGUUCACCAUUCCCAGCCAAUGGGAGCUGCUGGGAGUGGCGGCCAGCACGUCCCUGCAGCCCAUGCUGCUACCCGCAGCUCCCAUUGGCUGGGAACGGCGAACGGCGGCCACUGGGAACUGUGGGCGGCUGUGCAAAUGUAAACAAACUGUCUGACGGCCCUCCAGCGGAUUACCCUGAUGGUCCACAGGUUGCCCACCACUGCUGUAGACUAUUAAUUCCUAGAUUUCUGUGAGAAAACACACAGAGGGUCAGGGUUCAUUAUAAUAAUGAAAGCAGCCACCUACUGCAGAACAACAGAGAUUUAAUUUGUUUUCCUUUAGCUAAAUGAGAAUAUAUUGCAACAAUCAGUGGAAAACUUAUGACUUGCCUCAAGUGGCCUGUAAAGAUAUCUAUUUUUGUUCACAGUCAAGGUGGAAGGACAUACUGAGUGGGGUCCUGAAGGGAUUGGUUCAGGUUCUGUUCAAUAUUUUCAUCGAUGGUUUAGAUUAUGGUAUACAGAGUACGCUUAUACGGUUGCAGACAAUGACAAGCUGGGAGGGGUUGCAAGUGCUUUGGAGGAUAGGAAAAUUCAAAUUCAAAAUAGUCUGGACAGACUGGAGAAAUGGUCUGAAGUAAAUAUGAUGAAACUCAAUAAGGACAAAUGAAAAGUACUCCACUCUAAUGUACGGAGUAGCAUGUUUGGGAAGGAAGGAGUGGGCAAGACCAAUCGAAUGGCAUCCUUCUACUCAGGAAAUGUGCGGAGCACGAGCUUGUGAUCACAAACACAAUCUUCAGACAAAGGAACAGGUUCAAAACAACUUGGCAACAGCACCGCUCAAAACAGUGGCUUCUCCUAAACUAUAUAAUUGUAAGAACACAGACUCUGAGAUGUUCAGAUCACUCGUGUUAUGAGGAGCCAAUGAUUGCUGGAUUGACCAUGGCCUAGUGAAGUCAGUCAUAUACAUCAGGGUUGCACUGAAACAUAGAAAGCAAUCCAAAUCACACAGAUGGCAGUACAACAUCCAAAGACUUCAAACCUCAGUGCACCAAGAGAACUUCAAAACACUCCUCAGUGAAAAACUUAUCAUAUGCACACCUGAAAAUCACAACACAAGUGUCGAAGAAGACUGGGAAGCCCUACAACAGACCAUCCAUAAUGCAUGUGAGGAAACCAUUGGCUUUGCUACCUGCUGCCAUUAGGGCUGGUUUGAGAACAACAACAUUGAGAUUACAGCCUUUUUGGACCAGAAGAGAGAGGCUUUCUGUGACUGGCAAAACCACCGAUCAUCCAGUCAGAAGCAGAGGUCUUUCCAUCAGCUCAAACUGAAGUUCAAAGGAGGAUCCAAAAAAUUAAAAAGAAAUGGUGGGAGGACAAAGCUAAAGGAAUCCAAACUUUCACUGACAGACAUGAUAUGCAAAGGUUUUUUUUGUGAGACAAAGACCCUGUACGGACGAAGCUCAAGUGGCCUCACACCUCUGGGAUCUGAAGAUGGUAGUACCCUUUUUAAAGAUAACAAAUCCAUCGAAGAGUACUAGAAGGAACACUACCAUAAGCUUCCAAAUUGAGAAUCGACUGACUGAUGACACCAUUGACUCCAUCCCUCAGUACACAGUCUGGGAAACUCGUGCCAACCCACCAACACCUGAGGAGGUCGUCGAAGCAAUUAAACAAAUAAAGAACAAUAAAGCACUAGGUCCUGAUGGCAUACCAGCUGAAGUACUGAAAGUGGGGGGAUAAACACUGACUAACGAGCUUGAUUUUCUCCUCCUCAAAAUCUGGUGCUGUCUUAUGGAAUGCUAACAUCAUUACCAUUUUCAAAAAGGGAGAUGCCCAACUAUGGCAACGAUCAAGGCAUUGCCCUCCUCUCCAUGCCAUGGAAGAUUCUAGCUAAAAUUUUAUGGAAACGCCUGCUCCCGCUUGCAGUGUGGCUUCAGACCAUCAUGAGGCACCACUGACAUGACUUUCGCAGCCAGGCAGAUCCAAGGAAAAUGUCAAUAACAACAUCAAGAGCUGUAUAUCGCCUUUAUCGAUCUGACCAAAGCCUUCAGCUCUGUCAACCGUGAGGCUCUCUGGAAAAUCAUGUCAACAUUUGGCUGCCUAAACUAAUUUACCACCAUUGUAAGACUCCUCCAUGGCCAGAUGACUGUGUCCAUCCUGUUCAGUGGCUCUACCUCUGAGACCUUUGUCGUCCAAACUGGCGUAAAACAAGGUUCUGUGCUGGCAUCCACCCUUUUCUCCAUUUUAUUAGCAGCCAUGAAAACAUUAACCCAGGACUGUCUACCACAGAGUAUUGGCAUCCAGUAUCAGACUGGCAGCAACCUUUUCAACCUUUCUCAUCUCCGUGCCAGAACUAAAGUAAUAUUGGCAACAAUAACUGAACUCCAGUGUGCAGAUGAUUGGGCUGUAGUUGCACGCUCAAAGGAGGAUCUACAAACAAACCUUAAUUUCUUCUCUCAGACUUACAAAAGCCUAGGGUUAACUCUGAACAUUGCCAAAACAAAAGUUCUCCACCCACUAGUACCUAGCAAGGAAGACCAACAUCGACAAAGAACUGGAAAUGUAGAAUACUUUGCCUGUCUUGGCAGCCAUUUCUCACAGAGGGCAGACAUAGACUUCGAGAAUCAGCAGAAACUCUGCUGUGCCAGCCUUGCCUUUGGCAGAUUGUCUCACUGGGUGUUCAACAAUCACAACAUAGGAACACAAGGUAGACUUUUAGUUUAUAAAGUGGUGGUAAUCUCAACUCUUCUCUGUGGCGGUGAGACUUGGGUGACCUAUAGAAAACACCUGAAAAACUUGGAACGCCAACACCAGCGGUUUCUUUGGAAGAUCCUCAACAUAAAGUGGGAGGAUUGCCACACUAAUGUCAGUGUCCUCACAGAGGCCAACAUCUUCAGUGUUGAGGCCCUGAUUAUCCCGCACUAUCUGAGGUGGAGCGGGCACUGUGUGGGCAUGCCUGAUAUAUGCUUACCAGAACUGCUGUACCCACAACUCACCAAAGGAGAAAGGAAGCAGGGAGGCCAAAAUAAAUGCUUUAAAGACAUCCUCAAGAUAAACAUCAAGAAAAGUGGCAUUGACACCAGACCCUGCGAGACAGUAGCCCAGGAUAGGGAUAACUGGCAAAGACUCUGUCAGAGAGGGAAUGUCCACUUUUGAGGGAAAUUGCCUUACCCUGGUCACAGAAAAACACCAGAAAAGAAAGGAAAGACAACAUUCAUGCAGCAAUUGUGGCCCAACCUUGACUUCAGAAACCACCGGCAAUGUCUGCCAACCAAUCUGUGUGGCUCAAGGAUCAGAUUCCUCAGUUACCAAAGGACCCAUAAAAACAAAAAUCUGUGAAAGAGAUCAUCCUUGACCUCAAGGGGUCACCAAAGAUGACUCCACUUAGGAAGGAACAAUCAAUUGAACAAAUACAAAAUGGGAAAUGACUGCCUAGAAAGGAAUACUGCAGAAAGAUAUCUGGGGUUUAUACUGGAUCAGAAGCUGAAUAUGAGUCAAAAGUGUAACACUGUUUAAACAAAAGAAAAAAACCCAAUAAAAACAUGAACAUCAUUCUGGGAUGUAUUAGCAGGAGUGUUGUAAGCAAGACACAAGAAGUAAUUUUUCCACUCUACUUCAUGCUGUUAAGGCCUAAGCUGGAGUAUUGUGUCCAAUUCUGGGUGCUAUGUUUCAGGAGAGAUGUGGGUAAAUCGGAGCAAGUCCAGAGGAAAGCAACAAAAAUGAUUCAAGGUUUAGAAAACAAGAUCUGUGAAGAAAGAUUCUAAAAAUUGAGUUUGGUUUGUCUGGAGAAGAGAAAACUGAGAAGGGACAUAACAGUUUUCAAACACAUAAAAGGUUGUUACAAGGAGGAGGGAGAAAAAUUGUUCUCCUUAACCUCUUAGGA